GGGGAGGAGUGGCACUAGACAAGGAUAUUUAAUACUGUAACAUAGUAACACAACGGGUCAAGUUGUGGAAAUAAGGGAAGGAAUUCGUAUACAGAAAGGUAAUGAAUUAACUGGCUUGGUUAAAGCGUGAGAAAGGGCGGAGACGCGCUUCUUGUUGGCUGUCCAACUUUUAGGAAUAUGAAACAGGAAAACCUAUAGACAUAAGGGAAGGUGAAGAAGGAAAAAAAAAACGUUAUUGCUAUCCGGUGCCUGUCUGUUGCUUCUCUACUGAAUAUGGCAGGGACACGGACAAGAAGAGGGGCUGGUUCGGAACAGUCCCGAACUGCGAGGGCAGCUGCUGUUGCUGAUCAGUUGCACCAUGAAUGCACCCUUUUAUUGGAACUUUAUGUAAGUAUUUCCUCUAGUGUAACGUCUGGACAGGCUAGUGCAUUCUGCUGGAUUCUGCUUCGCAAUUAUUAACCGGUUAUUUUGCCUACUGGUUGCUUGACAAAACAUGUUAUUUGGCCAGUAGCCUAGCCUAUGAAAGGGAUAUGGAAGAUUCGGGUACGGAAACUUGUUGAUGCAUGGAUUGCGAUACUGGACAUGUAUUUAUUGAUUGGUGUGUGUGUGUAUUUGGCAUCCGAUCCAGGAUUGGGGAUCCAGGAAUGUAGCUAGAUAAGGAGGGGGUGAAUAUGUGAAUAUAAAAAUAAUGACAGAGGUGGGCGUUUUUCUGGCGCACUGGUCGAUGUCUGGACAUGCACGUUUUUCCAUCUCACUGAAUGCAAUGAAUGACUGAUCCAAGUCUCUUUGCUGCUAGCGGUUAGGAAUGUAACCUUUACUUAUUUUUAACUAGGCAAGUCAGUUAAGAACAAAUUCUUAUUUACAAUGACGGCCUUAUGUCGACACUGGGCCAAAACCGGACGACACCUGGCCAAUUGUGAUUAAGCCUGGAAUCUAAUUGCUCCUGUAAGUCGCUCUGGAUAAGAGCGUCUGCUAAAUGACGUAAAUGUAAAUGUAAUGUAAUGAAUCGAACCAGGGGGUCUGUAGUGACGCCUCAAGCACUGAGAUGCAGUGCCUUAGACCGCUAAGCCACUCGAGAGCCCAUUUAGCUAUCAGCCAACUAUAAGACAAUGCUUUUGAAUCUCCACCCCAAUAGCCUGCAAAAUAUUAGGCAAUAAGGUAUCUGCUAAGGUUAUACUAAGAACUGUGUGUGAAAGUGAAACUAAAACGAAAACUAAUCAUGAAACAAUUUAGUAAACUUAAAUAAAAUAAUUAACAAACCCAUUUGAAAAACUACAACUUUACUGAAACUAUUAUCUUUGCACCAAAACUAACUAUACUGAACAAAAAUGUAAACGCAACAUGCAACAAUUUCAAAUCAUGGUAAAUAAAUAAAUUAGGAACUAAUCAAUGGAUUUCACAUGACUGGGCAGGGGCGCAACCAUGGGUGGGCUUAGGAGGGCAUAGGCCCACCCAUUUGGGAGCCAGGCCCACCCACUGGAGAGCCAGGCCCAGUCAAUCAGAAUACGUUUUUCCCCACAAAAGGGCUUUAUUACAGACAGAAAUACUCCUCAGUUUCAUCAGCUGUCCGGCUGGCUGGUCUCAGACGAUCCCGCAGGUAAAGAAGCCGGAUGUAGAGGUCCUGGGCUGGCGUGGUUACACGUGGUCUGCGGUUGUGAGGCCGGUUGGACGUACUGCCAAAUUCUCUAAAAUGACAUUGGAGGCGGCUUAUGGUAGAGAAAUGAACAUUAAAUUAUCUGGCAACAGCUCUGGUGAAAAUUCCUGCAGUCAGCAUGGGGGGAAACUAAUGGGGUUUUCAAUAUUUUUUUUAUGGGAGUUUCAAGCUUCUGAAUCUGAUGGUUCACGUUGAGAUUUACUUUAUAAUUGAAAGGUAGACUCAACAAGAUGACAUUGCCACAAACAGCAACAUAUUGGGCGCGUUUGAGUGGUAAGGCUAAAGCACCCGACAGUAGACGAAAGUCGAGGAGUAAGUCAGGGGAGGUGCAUCUGCGACAGAUGAAAGUUGGACACUAAUGUGGUUUUCCAACAGCAAGGCUCAGAUCAACAUGCAGUGUUGCCAUUGAUUAUAAAAUGUUUUCUUUAUAAUGUUGAAAUAAACAUGUAUCUAACCCCCAUAUCACACAAACUGAAAUAAUAAUAUAAAAUGAUGUGUGUACACAUUGUACAAUCAAUUAGUGAGAGAGAGACUCAAAUAUCCAAUGCAUUUUUAUAUAUCUACUGUACACAUAAAUCACAGUAAAUUGGUUCUUGUUUUUGGUCAUGUGGGUCAAACAAAAACACCCUAAUGAUUGGUUGACAAUAGAGCCUUCACAAUGCAGGCGAUGGCUGCAGGAUGGAGUUGGUGAAGAGCAACUGCAGUAACGUGCAGUCGACUGCAGUGAAAACUUCAUGCCCUUUGAUCACUUGAUUUUUGUAAAGUUCAUGUAGUCGACAGGUAGGCGCAAGUCAGAACAUUUUAAUCCCCAGAAUGCAACACUAUUUGAAAGGCGGUGACCCGACUUGAGAAAAAUGAUCUGCUCUAACGUGCCCAUUGAGAUGAGCAUGAUGGAAGACUUUGCUCUCACACAGUCACACAUAGUAUCUGCCACAGGAGAUUGGUGGCACCUUAAUUGGGGAGAACGGGCUCCUGUUAAUGACUGGAGCGGAAUUAGUGGAAUGGUAUCAAAUACAUCAAACACAUGGUUUCCAGGUGUUUGAUACCAUUCCAUUUGCUCCAUUCCAGUCAUUAUUAUGAGCCCUUCUCCCCUCAGUAGCCUCCUGUCGUAUCUGCGUAUUGGCACGGGUGCGCUUUACGCUGCUACAACAAGGUAGUUACGGGACCAAAACAGCAGAGAAGUUUAGCCUCGUGCUUCAACACUCCUGGUUGUUGAGAACAUUUCCCCACUACUACUGUUUACUUCGUGCAUCUACGUCAGAUCGCUGAGUCUACCUUUAAACCUAACCUAACCUAACCUAUGACCUGACCCAUCACCUUAGGGCAUUUCCAUCUAAAAGGACACAUGACCACCAACAUGUAAAGUUCAUAGGAGCAUGUCAAAUUGGGUGUCAAAUGAAAGCUAAGAGUCUAUAUUUUUGGGAAAUGAAGGCAUAUAUACAUUUUCCAACUAUUUUCUAUCUUAAAAAGCUUUGAUUUCUGGUCAAACAGAUGGAAAAGGGGUCUUAGACAGCGUCUAACAUCUUAAAAAGGUAUUAGAACUACACCAAAACACAACAAUCUUGAAGUAAAGACCCCUGCCAACUAAUAUCAACACUUACAGUAUGUUUAGUUUUGGAUACAUUAUUUUGGUAAGUUUAAGAAACAUUGCCUUGUGCCUUGUAAUUCCGUUACCAAAACCCACAUAUCUUUAAGAUAUUUUCUAAUUUCUCUCCUCAUGAGGAGGGAGGAUAAUGAAAGUUCACAGAAGUAACAUGUACAGAUAGACCUACCAAUUAGUUAUAGUGUUUUUAUUGAUAUCAAGUUUGUUUAUGAAUUAAAACUUGUAAUUCUGUUACCAAAUUGUAGUAACGGAAUUACUGCAAUUGAAAUGGCUACAAUGGUAAAUCAUAGCAGUCACAAACCACAGUUGGGUCACCUGCUACUGUCCUCCCUUCCACUGGCAUACUGCUAUGUUCAGCUCAUAACUGUUUUUUCUUUUCUUUUUCUGUCGUCUGGUGGUCAAAGCAAGACUGUGAAAAAAUCUGGACAACCCCUCCCUCUCACACUUCCUAUUUGCUGCUCUCUCUCUCUGCCUCUCUCUCUCUCUCUCCAGUUAAUGUCACCUCAUCCGGCUCUCACUGACACCUACCAUUACACCUACCACCUACCCUCUUUCCAUUUACAGAAACAAGCAUCCGCACCGACCGACAACGGACGUCCAUGGACGUUGAAAAGUUGUUGAAAUUUGGUCAGUCCGCCCUGGCUGGACCAAAUCUGAACCAAUCAUAGACGUCUAUGUUUCACAAGUUUGGACACCUCAUUCUUUCUGCAGACAUCUUUGAAACUUAAUAUUUAACCGAUUUUUGGGAAAACGUGGUUAAACAACUGAGGGAGAUUUUAUUGUAAUUCUGUUACCAAACUUUGCAUCUGCUCAGGUCUUACAGUAAAUGUAUUUUAAAUUUUUUUAAAAUUACAAUUCUGUGUAAAUUGUUCAAAGUAGUCCUUUUGCAUAAAAUCGUAUGGUUUGUUAAACUUUUAAAUCAAUGGUUUUUGUUUGGCAUACAUUUUAAAGCGAAAAAUCUGAGUCAAAGCGUAAUUCCGUUACCGGGGAAUUGCCCCUUAUGCAUUACUUCCGCACAGUUGCAAGAAAUUACAUCCCCAAAAAACACAAAAACUAAACAACACAUACAUGUCUCCAAGCCUCCCACGCAUAGGCUUCUUUCUGUCCCAAACACUAAAACUAAAACUGAAACUAAAUAACAAAAAAACGAAAUAUAAAUGUUUUCAUAAAACUUAAACUAAAGAAAAACGAGUAUAGUGUAUCUGAAAACUAACUUCAACUAAACUGAAUUUAAAAUACAAAUCUUAAAACGAAUAGAAAUAAAAACAAAUAUAAAAACACAAAACUAUAAUAACCUUGGACUCUGCUGACACAUGGUUUAUGUAGAUUACUCAACAUACAGUGGGGAAAAAAAGUAUUUAGUCAGCCACCAAUUGUGCAAGUUCUCCCACUUAAAAAGAUGAGAGAGGCCUGUAAUUUUCAUCAUAGGUACAUGUCAACUAUGACAGACAAAUUGAGAUUUUUUUUCUCCAGAAAAUCACAUUGUAGGAUUUUUUAUGAAUUUAUUUGCAAAGUAUGGUGGAAAAUAAGUAUUUGGUCACCUACAAACAAGCAAGAUUUCUGGCUCUCACAGAUCUGUAACUUCUUCUUUAAGAGGCUCCUCUGUCCUCCACUCGUUACCUGUAUUAAUGGCACCUGUUUGAACUUGUUAUCAGUAUAAAAGACACAUGUCCACAACCUCAAACAGUCACACUCCAAACUCCACUAUGGCCAAGACCAAAGAGCUGUCAAAGGACACCAGAAACAAAAUUGUAGACCUGCACCAGGCUGGGAAGACUGAAUCUGCAAUAGGUAAGCAGCUUGGUUUGAAGAAAUCAACUUUGGGAGCAAUUAUUAGGAAAUGGAAGACAUACAAGACCACUGAUAAUCUCCCUCGAUCUGGGGCUCCACGCAAGAUCUCACCCCGUGGGGUCAAAAUGAUCACAAGAACGGUGAGCAAAAAUCCCAGAACCACACGGGGGGACCUAGUGAAUGACCUGCAGAGAGCUGGGACCAAAGUAACAAAGCCUACCAUCAGUAACACACUACGCCGCCAGGGACUCAAAUCCUGCAGUGCAAGACGUGUCCCCCUGCUUAAGCCAGUACAUGUCCAGGCCCGUCUGAAGUUUGCUAGAGUGCAUUUGGAUGAUCCAGAAGAGGAUUGGGAGAAUGUCAUAUGGUCAGAUGAAACCAAAAUAGAACUUUUUGGUAAAAACUCAACUCGUCGUGUUUGGAGGACAAAGAAUGCUGAGUUGCAUCCAAAGAACACCAUACCUACUGUGAAGCAUGGGGGUGGAAACAUCAUGCUUUGGGGCUGUUUUUCUGCAAAGGGACCAGGACGACUGAUCCGUGUAAAGGAAAGAAUGAAUGGGGCCAUGUAUCAUGAGAUUUUGAGUGAAAACCUCCUUCCAUCAGCAAGGGCAUUGAAGAUGAAACGUGGCUGGGUCUUUCAGCAUGACAAUGAUCCCAAACACACCGCCCGGGCAACGAAGGAGUGGCUUCGUAAAAAGAUGUUCAAGGUCCUGGAGUGACCUAGCCAGUCUCCAGAUCUCAACCCCAUAGAAAAUCUUUGGAGGGAGUUGAAAGUCCGUGUUGCCCAGCGACAGCCCCAAAACAUCACUGCUCUAGAGGAGAUCUGCAUGGAGGAAUGGGCCAAAAUACCAGCAAAGGUGUGUGAAAACCUUGUGAAGACUUACAGAAAACGUUUCACAUGUGUCAUUGCCAACAAAGGGUAUAUAACAAAGUAUUGAGAAACUUUUGUUAUUGACCAAAUACUUAUUUUCCACCAUAAUCUGCAAAUAAAUUCAUAACAAAUCCUACAAUUUGAUUUUCUGGAUAUUUUUUUCUCAUUUUGUCUGUCAUAGUUGACGUGUACCUAUGAUGAAAAUUACAGGCCUCUCUCAUCUUUUUAAGUGGGAGAACUUGCACAAUUGGUGGCUGACUAAAUACUUUUUUUCCCCACUGUAUAUACAUUUGCGGUUUAUGUAAAUUUACUCAAGAUAUAGCCCACAAAUUUGCUAAUGCUUUUCAACUUAUCUAUCACCACAUAGUCAUUACUCAUAAUAAUGUAUUGUAACAGAUCAUGACAGUUAAGAGCUUGCUGUCUCUGGUUUGCCUUACCUUUGCCUCUCCCUCUAUACAACAUAGGCCUAACCCUCAAAGUUCAUAGCUCAUUCCCAGUGGUGUAAAGUACUUAAGUAAAAAUACUUGAAAAUACUACUUAAGUAGUUUUUUGGGGUAUCUGUACUUUGCUUUACUAUUCAUAUUUUUUGACUACUUUUACUUUUACUUCACUACAUUCCUAAAGUAAAUUAAUUAGUUUUUACUCCAUACAUUUUUCCUGACACCCAAAUGUACUCGUUACAUUUUGAAUGAUUAGCAGGACAGGAAAAUUGCCUAUGUCAAACACUUAUCAAGAGAACAUCCCUGGUCAUCCCCACUGCCCCUGAUCUGGCACUCACUAAACACGUUUCGUUUGUAAAUUAUGUCUGAGUGUUGGGGCAUGCCCCUGGCUAUCCGUAAAAAUAAAAUUAAAAAAAAGACAAUUAUGCCGUCUGGUUUGCUUUAUAUAAGGAAUUUGAAAUAAUUUAUACUUUUACUUUUACGUUUGGUACUUAAGUAUAUUUUAGUAAUUACAUUUACUUUUGAUACUUAAGUAUAUUUUAAACCAAAUACUUUUAGACUUUUACUCAAGUAAUAUUUUACUGGGUGACUUUCACUUUUACUUGAGUAAUUUUCUAUUAAGGUAUCUUUACUUUUACUCAAGUAUAACAAUUGGGUACAUUUUCCACCACUGCUCAUUCCACUUCUCCAUGUCUAGUAGCCUAUUACAAACCUAUAUACACAUUUACUUGACCAUUGCUCUUGUGUAAGCAGGGCUGCCUAGUCGAUGUUCCACGGGAAUCAUUCUACCACACAGGCACAGAAUCAUUUUCACGCCGGUCAGAAUUUUAACACCUUGGUAUAUUGUCGUGACUAGGGGUUAGGUACUCAAUGGAGUCACAGCUAGCUCACUAUACUCUGAUCUAGAUGCAAUAGAAUAUAAUAACUUUCUACCCCACUCACUCACAUACACACACGCACGGGGACACACACACAAACACAAACACACACACACACUUGGCACUUGUGAUGUCACACAUCCUGCCUGUUUUUCCCCCUGGAGUGAAGUUGGGGAAGGUUGGUUAUGGUAGUUGAACCAGCCAUCCCUUUGAACCACUAACCUCUCUGUUCCAAUGGGGCCAGGGCGGAUGUUGUCCUAACCACAAUAGGGUUCAAACAGUUGCCAGUUGUUGCUCAUCAGGGAAAAUUGGUAGAUUAUCAUCAGAAAAUGGGAAAACAUGCUCUUUACCACACUGUCUGUUAGAUCAGCUCUUUUGUACUUUUAUACAUUGCACAUGCAGUUUGGUUUAAAUGCUAACCUGGAAUUAGUGACUUAUUCAUAUAUGCAUUCCUCAUGGCCACAGCUUCCCAUUACUACGGUGUCCAUAUUCAGACAGCCUCAGUCUCAGGAGCAGCUAAACGUGGUGUCCAUGGUGGUAUUGCAAAAUACAAAAAUGUGGUCUCUUUGAAACGCUUGCCCAAAUUUAUUAAGGCUGUGACUAGUACUUUGUGUACCUCUACACUCUCUCCAUCCCUCCUCCUCACCCCCCACUUCAGAGAAAAAAGGAGACGUUCGCCGAGGAGCUCACAGUCGGCGAGGAGCGCCUGGUGACCGUGCCGCCGCUCUCCUCCCAGCUCUCGCCCAAUGACAGGUUGUGGCGCAUCUACUCCGCCCUGCAACAGUGCCGGAACCUCCUGGAGCGUGCCAUUGGCCGGGAAGAGCGGGUGGGAAAUGGUGGGGACAGGGCCGAAUACGAGAGCCAGAAGAAAACAGUGAGGGAUCGGCUGGGUCACCUGCUAGAGAGCAUACGUCUCCUCCUGGCGGACGGAGCUGGAACUGCAACCUUCACUCCUGAUCCAAAGAAUACUGAGGUACAGAAUUACUGGUGUAUGGUAAAGUUGCCCCAGACUCUGAUCUGGGGUCAGUUUUGAAUUUCCCCCACUAAUGUUUAAGGUUAAGAUACAGUACCUAUGGGAAACCCUCAGUAGACCCAGCAGGCCUAAUUUCAAUACUUGAAUAACUACAAAAUCCUACCUCCUUCCUCACUACUUGGAAGUCAUCCUUGAUCUGACAUGGCUGGUGUGGUGAACAUAAUGUCGUGUAAACCCUGAUGAAGGCUACGGGUCGAAACAUGUUGGUUUUAACAAUAACAAAGCAUUUUAUCAACUGACACUGUCUUCCAAGAGUUGCUGAAUUUCCUCUUCACUUCAGUUUGCUCCUCAAUUCAUGCAACUUGGUUGGAGAGCGAGGUAAUGGAAAUGUUCAUUUCCCUUUUUGGUGUAAACCAGGGCCAUGUAUAGACGACAGAUAAGACUGGUGGAAACAUUUUGCUUUCAGAUAUCCCAAAUAUUUCAGAUCAGUGAUGAGUUCAAGGAGGAGAGGAAGAAAUUAGGCUUUUGUGAACAACUUAUGAUAUGCUUAUAAACUGUUUAUGUAAGGACUAUACUUUCUAGUUUAAACAAACGGAUUAUAUUACAUAGUUUAUUAAUCAUAGUUUGUCAUUCAUUAUUUAUAUCUGAUUAUACCUCACCUUAUGAUGAUAACAGCACUUAACCUUUUUCUAAAAUGUUUUAUGAGUUGGAGAACACAUUGGGAGUGUCAUGGGGUGCUGAAGGUGGGUGUGGUGCAGGAAUCAAGCGCAGGACGCAGAAGCUAAGUCCAAAAGACUUUAGUGAGUUAUUCACGUAGUACACGAGAACAAUAAGCCCGGAGGCGAAAUAAAGGCGCACACAGGCGUCAAACAAAAGGCGCACUAACAUGUGCGAAAACCUCUCCAAACACGGAGGGAAGAAUACGUAGCUCAGAACACCAAACAGAGGAGCAAUCACACACAACACCAUACACACACAACGAGAACUAAAUAGGACACUAAUGAGGACUAACUAGACACAGGUGUACAACAUCCAGACAAAACCAAACGAACAUGAAACAUAGAUCGGUGGCAGCUAGUACUCCGGGGACGACGACCGCCGAAACCUGCCCGAACAAGGAGGAGGAGCAGCCUCGGCCGAAACCGUGACAGUACCCCCGCCGACCCCGGCCUCGGGGACGACCAGGAGGGCGCGGAGCAGGGCGCGCGGGAUGGUCCCGGUGGAACUCCGACAGGAGAGAUGGGUCUAGGAUGUCCCUCCGCGGCACCCAGCACCGCUCCUCCGGGCCGUACCCCUCCCACUCCACGAGAUACUGGAGACCCCCCAUCCGGCGUCUUGAGUCCAAGAUGGACCGAACGGUGUACGCCGGAGCCCCCUCGAUGUCCAGUGGGGGCGGAGGAGUCUCUCCUAUCUCACCUUCCUGGAGUGGACCAGCUAUCACCGGCCUGAGAAGAGACACAUGGAACGAGGGGUUAAUAUUCUUAUAUUCAACAGGCAGAUGUAACCUAUAACACACCUCGUUCAAUCUUCUCAGGACUUUAAAAGGCCCCACAUAGGGAGAAGACGACAGGCCUUAGAGAACCGGUCCACAACGACCAGGAUGGUAGUAUUCCCCUGAGAGAGGGGAAGGUCUGUCACAAAAUCCACCGAGAGGUGGGACCAUGGUCGUUGUGGAACGGGCAGGGGUUGUAACUUACCCCUGGGCAGGUGUCUGGGCGCCUUACACUGGGCGCACACCGAGCAGGAGGAGACAUAAACCCUCACAUCCCUGGCUAACGUGGGCCACCAGUAUUUAGUGCUAAGACAAUGCACUGUCCGGCCAAUACCCGAAUGUCCAGAGGAGGGUGACGUGUGAACCCAGUAAAUGAGUCGAUCCCGACUCUCGAGCGGAACGUACUUCCGACCCUCAGGACACUGUGGAGGGCUGGGGUCGGUACACAAUGCUCGCUCGAUUUCGGCAUCGACCUCCCACACCACCGGUGCCACAAGACAAGACUCCGGUAGUAUGGGAGUAGGCUCAACGGACCUCUCCUCCGUGUCAUACCGCCGGGACAGCGCAUCUGCCUUACCAUUCUGGGACCCAGGGAUGUACGUGAUUUUAAAUACGAACCUGGCGAGAAACAUACUCCAUCGAGCCUGGCGAGGGUUCAGUCUCCUCGCUGCCCGGAUGUACUCCAGGUUCCGAUGGUCAGUCAAAAUGAGGAAAGGGUGUUGAGCCCCCUCAAGCCAAUGCCUCCACACCUUAAGGGCCUGAACUACAGCUAACAGCUCCCUGUCCCCGACGUCAUAAUUUCGCUCCGCCGGGCUGAGCUUUUUAGAGUAAAAAGCACAGGGGCGGAGUUUAGGUGGCGUGCCGGACCGUUGAGAGACCACGGCCCCUAUACCUGCUUCAGACGCGUCCACCUCUACCUGAAAGGGUAAUGCGGAGUCCGGAUGCGCCAGCACCGGAGCCGACGUAAACAGGUCCUUCAGUCUCUUAAAGGCCCUGUCCGCAUCAGCUGACCACUGCAGGCGCACCGGACCCACUUUCAGAAGGGACGUGAUGGGAGCUGCCACCUGUCCAAAACCCCGGAUAAACCUCCGGUAGUAAUUCGCAAAGCCCAAGAACUGCUGCACCUCUUUGACAGUGGUUGGGGUUUGCCAAUUACGCACAGCUGACACACGAUCCACCUCCAUUCUCACCCCUGACGCGGACAACCGAUAACCCAAAAAGGAGACCGACUCCUGGAAAAACAGACAUUUCUCUGCCUUGACAUAUAGGUCGUGCUCCAACAGCCUCCUCAAUAUACGACGCACCAGGGCUAUAUGCUCGGCUCGGGUAGACGAGUACACUAGAAUGUCAUCAAUGUACACGACCACCCCUUGCCCCUGCAUAUCCCGGAAAAUGUCAUCUACGAAGGAUUGGAAGACUGAUGGAGCAUUCAUCAACCCAUAUGGCAUGACGAGAUACUCGAAAUGACCUGACGUGGUACUAAACGCUGUUUUCCAUUCGUCGCCCUCCCUAAUGCGCACCAAGUUAUACGCGCUCCUGAGAUCCAGUUUUGUGAAAAACCGCGCUCCAUGCAAUGACUCCGUCAUGGUCGCAAUCAGAGGGAGUGGAUAACUGUAUUUCACAGUAAUCUGAUUGAGACCACGGUAAUCGAUGCACGGGCGCAACCCUCCAUCUUUUUUCUUCACAAAAAAGAAGCUCGAGAAGGCGGGAGAAGUGGAGGGCCGUAUGUAUCCCUGUCUCAAAGAUUCGUCUAUGUAAGUUUCCAUAGCUUUUCUCUCCUCUUGAGACAAAGGAUACACGUGGCUCCGUGGGAGCGCUGCUCCUGCCUGGAGAUCAAUCGCACAAUCCCCCUGUCUAUGAGGAGGCAACUGCGUCGCCCUAGCUUUACUAAACACGAGAGCUAAAUCCCCAUAUUCAGGCGGAAUGUGCAGUGCGGGCACUUGGUUUGGACUUUCCACCGAAGUCGCCCCUACGGAAACACCCAGACAUCGCCCCUCACACUGAGCAGACCACCCAUCAAGAGCCCUCUGUUGCCACGAAAUAGCAGGGUUAUGGGUGCUUAACCAGGGAAUUCCCAGCACCACCGGGUACGCAGGAGAGUCGAUCAGAUACAACUGUAUAGUCUCCUCAUGACCCCCCUGCGCACACAUCCUAAGUGGCGCUGUGACUUCCCUAAUCAACCCCGACCCCAACGGGCGGCUAUCUAAAGCAUGAACGGGAAAAGGCUUGUCAACAGGUAGGAGAGGGAUCCCUAAAUCUAAACAAAACUUCCGAUCAACAAAAUUCCCAGCUGCGCCUGAAUCUACUAGCGCCUUAUGCUGGGAAUGAGGUGCAACCUGUGGAAAACAAACAGGUAUACAAAAGUGCGCAACAGAGAGCUCUGGGUAAGUGGGGUGUCUACUCACCUGGGAAGCCUCCCCAGUGCGUGGCCUGUUGUCUCCUCCCUCGGGGAACCCUCCCCAGCACCUGGCCGCAGUGUGCCCUCCACGACCGCACUUGGUGCAGGGGACAGGCCCCCUCGGGCUCCUCCUCCUCCUUCCUCUAGCGCCAGCACCCCCGAGCUCCAUAGGGCUCGGCUCGGAGGUGCCGGAGGGUGGAAUGGACGGACCCCACUCGGGACGUCCACGGGUGGCCAGCAGGGUGUCCAGAUGGAUGGACAUAUCGACCAACUGGUCGAAGGUGAAAUUGGUGUCCCUGCAGGCCAACUCACGUUGAACGUCCUCCCGUAGGCUACAUCGAAAAUGGUCGAUGUGGGCCCGUUCAUUCCACCCUGCGUCUGCCGCUAGAGUCCGGAACUCCAGCGCGAAUGCCUGUGCGCUCCUCCUCCCCUGUCUCAGGUGGACUAGACGCUCCCCCGCCGCUUUGCCCUCAGGUGGAUGGUCGAACACGGCCUUGAAGCGACGGGAGAACUCGGCGUAGGAGAUGGUGGUGGCGUCCAUCCUCCUCCACUCGGCGUUGGCCCAUUCCAACGCCUUGCCCGUGAGACAGGAGAUGAGGGCGGAAACGCUCUCGUGUCCCGAGGGCACCGGGUGUACAGUGGCCAGGUAGAACUCCACCUGCAGGAGGAACCCCUGACACCCGGCAGCUGUUCCGUCAUACGCCCUCGGGAGCGAGAGCCGAAUCCCACUGGGUUCCGGACCUGGGACUGGUGGACCGGCCGAUGGGGGUGGCAGGGUAGGUGGAGGUGUGGUUACCCCUCUGGACUCCCAUCGGUGCAGGGUGUUGAUGACGUCCUGUAGAGCGGUCCCCAGUUGUCGUAUCUGGUCAUCCUGGCCGCGGACAUGCUCCUCCAGCGACUCAGGCGUGACGGUUGCUCCUGCUGAUUCCAUUCACAAAUGUGUGUGAUUCUGUCAGGGGUGCUGAAGGUGGGUGUGGUGCAGGAAUCAAGCGCAGGACGCAGAAGCUAAGUCCAAAAGACUUUAGUGAGUUAUUCACGUAGUACACGAGAGCAAUAAGCCCGGAGGCGAAAUAAAGGCGCACACAGGCGUCAAACAAAAGGCGCACUAACAUGUGCGAAAACCUCUCCAAACACGGAGGGAAGAAUACGUAGCUCAGAACACCAAACAGAGGAGCAAUCACACACAACACCAUACACACACAACAAGAACUAAAUAGGACACUAAUGAGGACUAACUAGACACAGGUGUACAACAUCCAGACAAAACCAAACGAACAUGAAACAUAGAUCGGUGGCAGCUAGUACUCCGGGGACGACGACCGCCGAAACCUGCCCGAACAAGGAGGAGGAGCAGCCUCGGCCGAAACCGUGACAGGGAGGGAUCUUAGAUCAUUCCUCCAUACAGAAUCCUUCCAGAUAUUUGAUAUCCUUCGUCUGCUCUUAUGGAUUGCCCCUUCAAUUCAAACCACAGGUUUUCAAUGGUUUCAAGUCUGGAGACCGAGAUGGCCAUCGCAUUUUAUUUGUCACAUGCGCCGAAUACAACAUGUGUAAGUAGACCUUACCGUGAAAUGCUUACUUACAAACCCUCAACCAACAAUGCAAAAAAAAUAAAAGAGUAACAAUAAAAUAACAAUAACGAGGCUAUAUACAUGGGGUAUCGGUACCGAGUCAAUGUGAUUUUGAUGUGUGCUUGGGGUUAUUGUCUUGCUGGAAGAUCCACUUGCAGCACUGGUGUGUGUGGCCAAAGAGCAAAUGUUCAAGUAAUCUGACCAAAGCACCGGCUCCAAUCCAAGUGGCAAUUUGUAGGACAUUUGUUGGAUGACAUGAAAAUAGAGCUCUUUGACCACGCACACCAGUCGUGGAGUUGGCAUCGAAAUGAGAAUGCAUGAGCAGAAAAUAAUCCCAUACCUACUGUAAAAUAUGGUGGUGGAUCUUUGAAGUUAUGGGACUAUUUUGCUUCCACUGGUCCUGGGGCCCUUGUUAAGGUCAACGGCAUCAUGAUUUUUACCCAGUAACAAGGCAUUUUAGCCAAAAACUUGGUUGCCUCUGCCAGGAGGCUGAAACCUGGCCGCUAGUGGAUCUUCCAGCAAGACAAUAACCCCAAGUACACAUCAAAAUCCACAAAUAAAUUGUUAAAUUGGCCAUAAAAUCUACAUUUUGCAAUGGCCAUCACAGUCUCCAGACUUCAAACUCAAAUAAAAUCAAAUCCAAUUUUAUUGGUCACAUACACAUUUUUAGCAGAUGUUAUUGCGGGUGUAGCGAAAUGCUUGUGUUCCUAGCUCCAACAGUGCGGCAGUAUCUAACAAUUCACAAUAAUACACACAAAUCUAAAAGUAAAAUAAUGGAAUUAAGAAAUAUAUACAGUGGGGGAAAAAAGUAAUUAGUCAGCAACCAAUUGUGCAAGUUCUCCACUUAAAAAGAUGAGAGAGGCCUGUAAUUUUCAUCAUAGGUACACGUCAACUAUGACAGACAAAUUGAGAAAAAAAAAUCCAGAAAAUCACAUUGUAGGAUUUUUUAUGAAUUUAUUUGCAAAUUAUGGUGGAAAAUAAGUAUUUGGUCACCUACAAACAAGCAAGAUUUCUGGCUCUCACAGACCUGUAACUUCUUCUUUAAGAGGCUCCUCUGUCCUCCACUCGUUACCUGUAUUAAUGGCACCUGUUUGAACUUGUUAUCAGUAUAAAAGACACCUGUCCACAACCUCAAACAGUCACACUCGAAACUCCACUAUGGCCAAGACCAAAGAGCUGUCAAAGGACACCAGAAACAAAAUUGUAGACCUGCACCAGGCUGGGAAGACUGAAUCUGCAAUAGGUAAGCAGCUUGGUUUGAAGAAAUCAACUGUGGGAGCAAUUAUUAGGAAAUGGAAGACAUACAAGACCACUGAUAAUCUCCCUCGAUCUGGGGCUCCACGCAAGAUCUCACCCCGUGGGGUCAAAAUGAUCACAAGAACGGUGAGCAAAAAUCCCAGAACCACACGGGGGGACCUAGUGAAUGACCUGCAGAGAGCUGGGACCUAAGUAACAAAGCCUACCAUCAGUAACACACUACGCCGCCAAGGACUCAAAUCCUGCAGUGCCAGACGUGUCCCCCUGCUUAAGCCAGUACAUGUCCAGGCCCGUCUGAAGUUUGCUAGAGUGCAUUUGGAUGAUCCAGAAGAGGAUUGGGAGAAUGUCAUAUGGUCAGAUGAAACCAAAAUAUAACUUUUUGGUCAAAACUCAACUCGUCGUGUUUGGAGGACAAAGAAUGCUGAGUUGAAUCCAAAGAACACCAUACCUACUGUGAAGCAUGGGGGUGGAAACAUCAUGCUUUGGGGCUGUUUUUCUGCAAAGGGACCAGGACGACUGAUCCGUGUAAAGGAAAGAAUGAAUGGGGCCAUGUAUCGUGAGAUUUUGAAUGAAAACCUCCUUCCAUCAGCAAGGGCAUUGAAGAUGAAACGUGGCUGGGUCUUUCAGCAUGACAAUGAUCCCAAACACACCGCCCGGGCAACGAAGGAGUGGCUUCGUAAGAAGCAUUUCAAGGUCCUGGAGUGGCCUAGCCAGUCUCCAGAUCUCAACCCCAUAGAAAAUCUUUGGAGGGAGUUGAAAGUCCGUGUUGCCCAGCGACAGCCCCAAAACAUCACUGCUCUAGAGGAGAUCAGCAUGGAGGAAUGGGCCAAAAUACCAGCAACAGUGUGUGAAAACCUUGUGAAGACUUACAGAAAACGUUUGACCUGUGUCAUUGCCAACAAAGGGUAUAUAACAAAGUAUUGAGAAACUUUUGUUAUUGACCAAAUACUUAUUAUCCACCAUAAUUUUCAAAUAAAUUCAUUAAAAUCCUACAAUGUGAUUUUCUGGAUAUUUUUUUCACAUUUUAUCUGUCAUAGUUGACGUGUACCUAUGAUGAAAAUUACAGGCCUCUCAUCUUUUUAAGUGGGAGAACUUGCACAAUUGGUGGCUGACUAAAUACUUUUUUUCCCCACUGUAAAUAUUAAGACGAGCAAUGUCUGAGUGGCAUUGACUAAAAUACAGUAAAAUAGCAAAGUGGAGGUGUUGUUUCCUACCUUCACCACCUGGAGGCGGUCCGUCAGCAAAGUCCAGGACCCAGUUGCACAGGGCGGGGUUCAGACCCAGGGCCCCGAGCUUAAUGAUAAGGGGGGAUAUACACGGCCGUGACUAUAACCGUAGAAAAUUAUCUUGGGAGAUAAUACGGUCUGCAUUUGAUUGUGAGGUAUUCUAGGUCGGGUGAACAAAAUAAUUUGUGUUCCUGCAUGUAACUACAAUUACACCAUGAAUUUUUAAUCAUGAAACACACACCUCCGCCCUUCUGCUUCCCGGAUAUAUAUUUAUUUCUGUCUGCGCGAUGAACCGAGAACCCAUCUGGCUUGACCGAUUUUGACAGAAUAUCGAGAGAGAGCCAUGUUUCCGUGAAACAAAGUAUUUUACAGGCCCUGAUGUCUCUCUGGAAAGAAAUCCUUGCCCUGAGCUCGUCGACUUUGUUAUCCAAAGACUGAACAUUAGCGAGUAAUAUACUUGGAAGCGGUGGGUGGUGUGUGCGCCUCCUAAGUCGAACCAGCAGGCCACUCCGAGUGCAUCUCCUCCGACGGCGAUGUUUUGGGUCGGCUGCUGGAAUCAGUUUAAUCGCCCUGGGGAGAGCAAACAAAGGAUCUGCUUCAGGAAAAUUGUAUUCCUGGUCGUAAUGCUGGUAGUUCUGGUGAGUUACCACCGCUCUGAUAUCCAAUAGUUUUUCCUGGCUGUAUGUAAUGAUACAAAACCCUUUCUGAGCUAAUAAUGUAGAAAAUAAUACAGUGAGGGGAAAAAGUAUUUGAUCCCCUGCUGAUUUUGUACGUUUGCCCACUGACAAAGAAAUUAUCCGUCUAUAAUUUUAAUGGUAGGUUUAUUUGAACAGUGAGAGACAGAAUAAGAACAAAAAAAUCCAGAAAAACGCAUGUCAAAAAUGUUAUAAAUUGAUUUGCAUUUUAAUGAGGGAAAUAACUAUUUGACCCCUCUGCAAAACAUGACUUAGUACUUGGUGGCAAAACCCUUGUUGGCAAUCACAGAGGUCAGACGUUUCUUGUAGUUGGCCACCAGGUUUGCACAUAUCUAAGGAGGGAUUUUGUCCCACUCCUCUUUGCAGAUCUUCUCCAAGUCAUUAAGGUUUCGAGGCUGACGUUUGGCAACUCGAACAUUCAGCUCCCUCCACAGAUUUUCUAUGUGAUUAAGGUCUGGAGACUGGCUAGGCCACUCCAGGACCUUAAUGUGCUUCUUCUUGAGCCACUCCUUUGUUGCCUUGGCCGUGUGUUUUUGGUCAUUGUCAUGCUGGAAUACCCAUCCACGACCCAUUUUCAAUGCCCUGGCUGAGGGAAGGAGGUUCUCACCCAAGAUUUGACGGUACAUGGCCCUGUCCAUCGUCCCUUUGAUGCGGUGAAGUUGUCCUGUCCCCUUAGCAGAAAAACACCCCCAAAGCAUAAUGUUUCCACCUCCAUGUUUGACGGUGGGGAUGGUGUUCUUGGGGUCAUAGGCAGCAUUCCUCCUCCUCCAAACACGGUGAGUUGAGUUGAUGCCAAAGAGCUCGAUUUUGGUCUCAUCUGACCACAACACUUUCACCCAGGUCUCCUCUGAAUCAUUCAGAUGUUCAUUGGCAAACUUCAGAUGGGCAUGUAUAUGUGCUUUCUUGAGCAGGGGGACCUUGCGGGCACUGCAGGAUUUCAGUCCUUCACGGCGUAGUGUGUUACCAAUUGUUUUCUUGCUGACUAUGGUCCCAGCUGCCUUGAGAUGAUUGACAAGAUCCUCCCGUGUAGUUCUGGGCUGAUUCCUCACCGUUCUCAUGAUCAUUGCAACUACACGAGGUGAGAUCUUGCAUGGAGCCCCAGGCUGAGGGAGAUUGACAGGUAUUUUGUGUUUCUUCCAUUUGCGAAUAAUCGCACCAACUGUUGUCACCUUCUCACCAAGCUGCUUGGCGAUGGUCUUGUAGCCCAUUCCAGCCUUGUGUAGGUCUACAAUCUUGUCCCUGACAUCCUUGGAGAGCUCUUUGGUCUUGGCCAUGGUGGAGAGUUUGGAAUCUGAUUGAUUGAUUGCUUCUGUGGACAGGUGUCUUUUAUACAGGUAACAAGCUGAGAUUAGGAGCACUCCCUUUAAGAGUGUGCUCCUAAUCUCAGCUCGUUACCUGUAUAAAAUACACCUGGGAGCCAGAAAUCUUUCUGAUUGAGAGGGGGUCAAAUACUUAUUUCCCUCAUUUAAAAUGCAAAUCAAUUUAUAACAUUUUUGACAUGCGUUUUUCUGGAUUAUUUUGUUGUUAUUCUGUCUCUCACUGUUCAAAUAAACCUACCAUUAAAAGUAUAGACUGAUCAUGUCUUUGUCAGUGGGCAAACGUACAAAAUCAUUAGGGGAUCAAAUACUUUUUUUCCUCACUGUACAUAAAAAAACAAAAUACCGCAGAGUUUCCUAAGAGCUAGUCGCAAGGCCUCCAUCUUUGUCGGCGCCAGUAAGCAUGGAUUCCGAUUGGUCAGACCAGCGUUGAAUAGACCUUAGCACGGGUACUUCCUGUUUGAGUUUCUGCCUAUAGGAAGGCAGGAGCAAAAUGGAGUCGUGAUCUGAUUUGCCGAAGGGAGGGGCGGGGGAGGGCCUUGUAGGCAUUCCAGAAGGGAGAGUAGCAGUGGUCGAGUGUUUUACUAGAGUGAGUACUACAGUUAAUGUGUUGAUAGAACUUCGAUAGCGUUUUCCUCAAAUUUGCUUUGUUAAAAUCCCCAGCUACAAUAAAUGCGGCCUCAGGAUAUGUGGUUUCCAGUUUCCAUAAAGUUCAAUGUAGUUCCUUGAGGGCCGCCGUGGUAUCGGCUUGAGGGGGAAUAUACACGCCUGUGACUAUAACUGAAGAGAAUUCUCUUGGGAGGUAAUACGGUCGGCAUUUGAUUGUGAGGUAUUCUAGGUUGGGUGAACAAAAGGACUUGAGUUUCUGUAUGUUAUUACAAUCACACCAUGAGUAGUUAAUCAUGAAACAUACACCACGCCGUUCUUCUACCCGGAGAGUUCUUUAUUCCUGUCUGCGCAAUGUACUGAGAACCCAGCUGGCUGUGUGGAUAGGGACAGUAUAUCCCGAGAGAGCCAUGAUUCUGUGAAACAGAUAUGUUACAGUCCUUGAUGUCUCUCUGGAAGGAGAUCCUCGCCCUGAGCUCGUCUACUUUAUUGUCCAGAGACUGAACAUUAGUCCACUCCGAAUACCUCUUGGAGCAGCCUCUGGGAUAAGUUUAAUUGCCCUGGGGGUACGAACAAAGGAUCCAAUUCGGGAAAGUCGUAUUCCUGGUCACAAUGCCGGUGAGUUACCGCUGCUCUGAUAUCCAAAAGUUAUUUCUGGCUGUAUGUAAUAACACAAAAAAACGUUCUGGGCUAAUAAUGUAAGCAAUAACACACACAAAAAACGAAAUACUGCAAAGUUCUAGUUAUAGGAGCUAGAAGCAGAGCUGCCAUGUCUGCUGUCGCCAUCUUGCUAUACCAUUGAAAACCUGUGGUUUCAAUAGAAGAGGGCAGUUUAUAAGCGCAGACGAAGGAUAUCAAUGAGGAAUGGUCUACGAUCCCUAUGUGUUCUCCAACUCAUAAAACAUUUUAGAAAAAAAUAUUACUCAUUAAACAAAAUCUCUUUCUCUGAGCAAUUGUAUUAUUAUAAAAAUAAUGUAAUUUCCCAAUUUUUUUGAGGAUACAAUAUAGCUCAGUAUUUGAAUUAUUUAUUUUAUACAGUCAUGUUUGCUCAUCUUUAUCAAGGGUGUCAAUAAUUUCAGACACCACUAUAUGGCCUAGCACAGUGUUUCCUAAUCUAUUCCUGGGGCACACAUUCUGGGGUUGACCAGGGGUUGAUUAGGCCACCAGUUGAAUCGGGUGUGCUAGUGCUAGAACAAAAAUAUUAAACCCUCGGGAUCUCGGGGAACAGAUUGGGAAAAACAUGGAAAACAAUUCUCUCUGAGAUUCGAGCGAGAGAGAGAGGAAGGCGGGAGAGAGAGCGCGCGCGAGCGAGGACGCGCAGAGCGAGAGCGAAUCGAUCGCGCGAGAGCUAUCCGAGCUAUGCCUCACGAGCUACGCAUCGCGCUCUCGCUCUAUUCUCUCUCUCUAUCUCUCUCUACUCUCUCUCUAUCCCCCCUCUCUCUCUCCCUCCCUUUCUCUUCUUCUACAUUCUUUCCUUCUACCCCCUCUCGUGAGUAGAUAGAUGGUCCGGUGAACGGCAGCCCGUUUGCGCUAAAGCUCUGGAUCUACCGCAUCUUCAACGAGCUGGAGCAGUGGACGCUCACCGCCUCCAAGACCCUGAAGGCCCUGCACCCCGACGGAGCCACCCCCAAGGAGCGCAGGACGAGGACGAGGGCAAGGAGAUGA